AUGCUCAAGACCGCCCAAGAGACCGCGCAGUCAUUCCAACAACCCACUUCACCAAAGCCAACGAAGCGCGCAUCGCCAGCGUAUAAGCCAAAAGAAGACGCCUCGGAUCAAAGCGACGAUGACUUUGGCCCAGCGCCCCCAACUGCAGGAGAACAGCGGAAAGGCCACGGCCCCACAGUGCCAGGCUUUGAUGACUUGGCCUACCGCAAUGAGAUGCGCGACGAAGACCGCGCGCGCGACCGCUCCAACUACGUCGACGACAUACGCCACGAGCGCAAGACAGACCGCAAAGCGCAGAAGGAGCAACUCGACGAGCUUGUGCCGCGCGCAGACCCUGGUUCGCGCGAACGCCAGCUGGAGAAGAAGCGCGAAGUCACCAGCACGUUGCAGUCAUUCCGCGACGCCAAAGAGAGCGGCGAUGUGGAGGUGCCCGAGUCGGAUCUUAUGGGCGACGAUGGCAUCGACCUGUAUAAGAGGAAGAAGAAGGAAGAGGAGCGCAAGAAGAGCGAGAGGGAGAUCCGGCGGGAGGAGAUUAGCAGGGCGCGGGAUGCGGAGAGGAAUGAGCGCUUGGCUGAGAGGAGGGAGAAGGAGGGCAAGACGAUGGAGUUUUUGAGGCAGAUUGCGAAGGAGAGAUUUGGUUAA